AUGGGAAAGCAAGUUCGAGUUCGCAAUAUUUAUGCAAUCGGUAUUGCACUGUUACUUUUGUCCAUUUGCCGUGUGACAGCAGCCCAGAAGAAAACUUAUAUAAUUCAGAUGGCUAAAGACAAAAGGCCGGUUAGGUUUUCCGACCACGGCGAAUGGUACGAUUCGUCACUACAAUCGGUGUCCGAUACAGCCAAAAGGAUCCACACCUACCAACACGUAUUCGGGGGCUUCUCCGUAAGGCUCACAACCAAGGAAGCCGACAACAUAAAGAAGCUACCAUGGGUGAUAUCCAUCUUUCCCGAGGCCGUUCUAGAACUCCACACGACUCGCUCCCCUUGGUUUCUGGGCCUGCAAACCCAGACCAAACUUUUCCCCGAACCUGAGCAGAUGGGUGAAGUCGUUGUCGGUCUCCUUGACACGGGAGUCUGGCCUGAAAGCCCGAGCUUCAAUGAUUAUGGGUUUGGGCCAAUCCCAAGCUCCUGGAAAGGAGAAUGCAUAGGCGGGACCAAUUUCAGCGUGCGCAACUGCAACAAGAAAUUGAUCGGGGCAAAGUUCUUUGUCGAUGGCUACGAAGCAUAUAUCGACGGGAAGGUGAAUGAGUUGGUGGAAUUCAGAUCACCGAGAGAUCACCAUGGCCACGGGACCCACACUGCAACCAUAGCCGCUGGGUCUGCCGUGCGUGGCGCUAACUUGCUCGGGCACGCGCGCGGCAUGGCGCGCGGGAUGGUUCCCUCGGCUAGGGUUGCUAUGUACAAAGUGUGCUGGGGUACGGGCUUCUGUGCGCAUUCUGACAUAUUGGCAGGCAUGGACAGCGCCAUCAACGACGGGGUCACCGUGCUGUCUAUAUCAAUAGGUGGAAACCCAAGAAUCCCUUUCUACCCACAGCCUGCCGCGAUUGGGGCUUUUUCAGCUGUAAAGAAGGGCAUCCCCGUCAUAUUUAGCGCGGCCAACAAUGGCCCCAACCCUUCAAGCGUGGCAAAUGCAGCACCGUGGGUAACGACAGCGGGCGCAGGGACGAUAGACCGGGACUUUCCCGCUUACGUUAACUUGGGAAACGGGAAAAGUUAUUAUGGAGUGACGCUCUCCGAAAGCAUCUCCUUUCACCGUAAGCUGUUUCCCUUUGUGUACGCAGCAAACGUAAGCAGCGACGGCAGUGGCCUGUGCAGGAACGGGACUCUCCUCCCAGAAAAAGUGAGAGGUAAGAUUGUGUUGUGCGACCGUGGGAAUGACAGAGCUCUAAGGGGAGCAGUGGUCAAAGAAGCCGGGGGAGUAGCCAUGGUUAUGGCAAACACAGUGGAGUUUGGUGAAGGUAGACUUUUUCCAGAUCCUCACUUUCUUCCUGCUUUGCUGGUGGGUGAGAAGGCAGGUGAUGAGAUCAAGAAAUACCUGUCUACUUCACGCAAUGCAAGGGCAACGAUGCUGUUCUUGGGGACAAGAGGCGGGGUCCAGCCGGCCCCAAUGGUGGCCGACUUCAGCUCGAGGGGACCGAGUCCCUUCAUUCCUGAAAUCUUGAAACCUGAUAUCAUUGCACCCGGGUUGACCAUUUUAGCCGGUUGGUCACGAGCCGUGGGUCCUACAAACCUGGACAUUGACCACCGCAGGGUGGAUUACAACAUCAUCUCGGGGACGUCCAUGUCGUGCCCUCACAUAAGCGGACUCACGGCCCUGCUGAAGGCGGCACACCCGGAUUGGAGCCCGGCGGCUAUCCGCUCGGCGCUCAUGACCACGGCUUACUCGACCGACAAAAAAGGCAGUCCGUUGCUCGAUGAAUCGACAGGCGAGCCGGCUACCCCGUUUGAUUAUGGUGCCGGACAUGUGGACCCCACACGGGCCCUCAACCCAGGUUUAAUCUACAAUCUUACCACAAUAGAUUAUGUGAAACUCUUGUGUGCAUUAAACUAUAGUGACUCAGAAAUCGAGUCAAUUGUUGGAGAAACAAGCUUCAACUGCGAGGAUGAAACAUGUCGUCUGUAUGACUUCAAUUACCCGUCAUUCGCCCUCACCGUCCCUGCUCAAAAGGGUAGUAACACCACAAGAGUUUUCACUAGAACACUCACAAACGUGGGGGAGCCUGGAAUAUAUACUGUUUCAAUAUCCUUCCAUACUCUCAUUAAUAAUGCAUACACUGUAUCUGUUUUUCCUUCGGCGUUGUGUUUCACCGAGGAAAACGAGAAAAAGUCAUAUGUUGUGAUAGUCACAGCAAUGUCAAUGCCGGCCUACACGAAUCAAUUUGCCAGGAUUGAGUGGAGAGAUGGGAAACACGUAGUGCAGAGUCCAUUUGCAAUUAGUUGGAUCAACGCUACUCAGGACAACUUGAAGGUUCCACCCUCAUCUCCACUUUUCUUGCUAAAACCGACCAUCUUCCGGCGAAUCUCCGGCAAGGCCGCGCCGCCGUGCCACAAUCCUCCUCGGCCCGAGACCACCACAGUCCAAGCUCAGUCGGUUCGCAGCCCUCCACAGUCGAGCUCGCGCGUAGCACUUCGGUCCCAGCCCUUCACGCCGUUGUUCGUCCAGCCCGAGCUCGCAGCUCCUCCGCCGCCUUCCCAGCUCACUCACGCCGGCGACCUGCAACUCCCUCACGGCGAGCCCGAAGCCCGACGAACCACCCUUUCACGAGCCGCAUCUCACCAGCUCAAGCUCCAACGACCAACAGCUCCUUCACACGGCCACAUUCUCAGCUUUUCCGGCGAGAUUUCGCAGCUUCACGUUGUUCGACGUUAG